GGGCCGGGCCGGGUCGAUCUGGGGUGCACUCCCAGGGCGCGGCCUCCCCCACGGAGUCGGGUACGGGCACAGAGCAGGGCGAUGGCUGCGAGCGCGCUGCACGGUCUGCGUGGCGGCGCCGGGCGGCUGUGGCCCGCGGCGGGGCUGGGGGUGCGGGUGGGUGUGGGGGGGCCCUUGCGGGCGGCCUCGGGGUCCUGGCUGGGCGCCGUCACCCCACCCGGGUCGUACCCCGCGUUGAGCGCGCAGGCGGCCCGGGACCCCUCAGCCUUCUGGGGGCCGCUGGCACGCGGGUCGCUGGCCUGGGACACCCCCUUCCACUCCGUGUCGGACUGUGACUUCGCUUCUGGCAAGAUCGCCUGGUUCCUGGGGGGCCGGCUCAACGUGUCCGUCAACUGCCUGGACCGGCACGCAGAGCAAUCUCCAGAGAGCGUCGCUCUGAUCUGGGAGCGAGAUGAGCCUGGGACUGAAGUGAAGAUCACCUACAGGGAGCUUCUGGAGACUACAUGUCGCCUGGCCAACACGCUGAAGAGGCAUGGAGUCAGCCGCGGGGACCGCGUGGCCAUCUACAUGCCCGUGUCCCCCAUGGCUGUGGCUGCAAUGCUGGCCUGUGCCAGGAUCGGAGCUAUCCACACUGUGGUCUUUGCCGGCUUCAGUGCAGAGUCCCUAGCUGGGCGGAUCAACGAUGCCAAAUGUAAGGUGGUGCUGACGUUCAACCAGGGGCUUCGGGGUGGGCGUGUGGUGGAGCUGAAGAAGAUCGUGGACGAGGCCAUAAGGCAGUGCCCCUCCGUCCAGCGUGUGCUAGUGGCCCACAGGACCGACAACAAGGUUCCCAUGGGAGAGCUGGAUGUGCCCCUGGAGCAGGAGAUGGCACGGGAGGAGCCUGUGUGCACCCCAGAGAGCAUGGGCAGUGAGGACAUGCUCUUCAUGCUGUACACCUCAGGCAGCACAGGGAAACCCAAGGGGCUGGUGCACACGCAGGCGGGCUACCUGCUGUACGCUGCACUCACACACAAGCUGGUGUUUGACUACCGCCCAGGGGACGUGUUUGGCUGUGUGGCGGACAUUGGCUGGAUCACAGGGCACAGCUAUGUGGUGUAUGGGCCCCUGUGCAAUGGAGCCACCAGUGUCCUUUUUGAGAGCACCCCAGUGUACCCCAAUGCUGGUCGGUACUGGGAGACAGUGGAGAGGCUGAGGAUUACUCAGUUCUAUGGGGCCCCCACAGCUGUGCGGCUGCUGCUCAAGUACGGGGAUGCCUGGGUGAAGAAGUACGACCGCUCCUCACUGCGCACGCUGGGCUCAGUGGGGGAACCCAUCAACAACGAAGCCUGGGAGUGGCUCCACAAGGUGGUGGGGGAGAGCAGGUGCACGCUGGUGGACACUUGGUGGCAGACAGAGACUGGUGGCAUCUGCAUCGCCCCCCGGCCCUCGGAGGAGGGGGCAGAGAUCCUCCCUGGCAUGGCCAUGAGGCCCUUCUUUGGCAUUGUCCCUGUCCUCAUGGAUGAGAAGGGUGUCAUGGUGGAGGGCAAUGAUGUUUCGGGAGCACUGUGCCUCUCCCAGGCCUGGCCCGGCAUGGCCAGGACCAUCUACGGAGACCACCAGAGGUUCAAGGAGGCCUACUUCGGGGCAUACCCAGGCUACUACUUCAGUGGAGAUGGGGCCUACCGCACAAGUGGCGGCUACUACCAGAUUACAGGGCGUAUGGAUGACGUCAUCAACAUCAGUGGCCACCGGCUGGGUACCGCAGAGAUCGAGGAUGCACUAGCUGAUCACCCAGCGGUGCCCGAGACUGCAGUCAUUGGCUACCCCCAUGACAUCAAAGGAGAAGCUGCCUUCGCCUUCAUUGUGCUGAAAGAUGAUGUGAGCGACAUGGACUUGGUGGUGAAGGAGCUCAGGUCAGCCGUGGCCACUAAGAUUGCUAAGUAUGCAGUGCCUGACCAGAUUCUGGUGGUGAAACGCCUUCCCAAGACUCGGUCUGGGAAAGUCAUGCGAAGGCUCCUGAGGAAGAUCAUCACGGGUAAAGCUCAGGACCUAGGGGACACCACCACCCUGGAGGACCCCAGUGUCAUCACAGAGAUACUCCACACCUACCAGAAGUACAAAGACCAGCGGCCUGGCACUCAGUGAAGGAGGGCCAGCUGUCCUGUGCCCUGAGGCUAAGCCUGCAUGCUAUGUCUGGGCAGACCACCACCACCCCUAGCACACUGCCCACUGCCCCACUGUGGAGCCACUCCACCCCCCUAUUCCUUCCCCUAAGAUGCUUCUAGAUGCAAAAGGUGGAGAUCUUAUUUUUAUACUUUUAUAUUUUGGAAGAAUAAUGUACAAGAGCACAUAUGUCACAUGCCAGCUUACUUGUACAUGCUUUUUGUAAAAUUUAGAAUUAUGGGAAUUAAUUCCCCCCUUCCUUUUUUUUUUUUAACUUCUGUCCUGGGGAAACCUGAAGAGGAGUGGAAGAUGCACAUUUGGAAGUCUGAAUUGGGAAUGUUUGUUCCUGUCUAGGCAGAUUUUAGCAUCCCCCCACCUUUGGUGAACAUUUUUACUUCCCUCUGUUUGCAUAUAAUGAACUAGGAGCAGUGUUGUGGACAUGUCUAUGCUGAGUCCUGAAUCUGCUACAGUCAUGUGGCCCUUUCCUCAGCUGUGGUCUGAAAUCUCCCUCCUCCCAGUCUCUGAUGCCUCUUGGUGGUCUGACAUGGCUGUCCAGGAACCAGUGAACACUCAGGCUAACAGGCACGACAGAGCUUUGCUCAGGCAGGGAUGGGCCUUGCUAACCCUGCCUGCUUCUCCUUCUAUGGCUGGGCAGUGAGCAGCUUGGUGUCCAGCAAUGAGACCUGGAACUAUGAAUCAAGUCUCUCUCUCUCUCUCUCUCUCUCUCAUGCCUUAAGUCUUAAUAAUGUUGGCAAGAUGAUGGCAGGGAGCCAAGUCCUUGUCGCCUACACCUGCACAGGGCUUGGCAGAACUUGGCGAUGGCAUUUUUAUGAAAUGGCUUAGGUGUCAGCUUGGAUGGUGUCUGCAGUCUCAGAGGGAUCUGUAGGGCUGUUGAAAUAACAUUUUUCAAAUAUAGAAUUUUAUCCAUUCUCA